AUGUCCAGCGCAACCAGCCCUUUGACGCCUGUGCGCGCAGGCGAGCGCGAACGCGAUCAAGUCGCAUCCAGCAGCAGCUCUCCCUUUAACUUCAGCUCGCCGCUGAGUGGACGCAGAAAGAGACAUGCCAGGAGCGCGGCUGUGACGGGAUCCGCUUCUGGCGCUGAAGCUGAAGCUGGAGGGGUAGCGGGGGGAAUGGGAGUGGGAGUGGGAGUGGGAUCCUUCAUUCCCCACACGCACUCUUCCACCACCACCGCCACCUCCUCCUCCUCCUCUGCUGCUUCUCCCUUCCUCUCUUUCAAGCCGCACAGCACCAGCACCUCCACCUCCCUGCAAAACGAUCCCGACACGCUUCUUUGCACUCUUUCGCUAAAGGAAGUGCAACAAAUACAGAGGGAUGUUCAGGUUGAAAAAGAGUCGCUUUCGCAAAGCUUGAAAGGGUUGGUCAGGAAGAGGUAUGCGGAUCUCUUGAAUAGUGCCGAUACCAUCAUUGCGAUGGGAAGUAGCGCUGCUGGGCUCAGCAACGCUUUGGCACAGGUCAGCUGGGCGUGUGCUGGUGCAGAUGCAGGUGAUGGGGCGAAUGCAGGUGGAAAGCAGGCUGAACACGAUCAGCAUCAGACGACGACGACGACGACGAUGGACGAAGAGGAGAAAAGGCUGUUGGGGUAUACGAGCUGCCUCAAGUACAUUCAAGAGAGCCCACCCAUCGUCUGGGCUUGUAUUGGCCUGGUGGAGCAAUACGCGAAUGGUCACAUAGUCUCGCGCAUUGCGGUAGCAGGGCAGCACGAGCAUGCGCAAAUGGAGAUCGCACGCCAUGAGGAAAGGGGAGGCGAGAAAGAGGAGGAGGAGGAGGAUGUGCCUAGCAGGGUCAUUCGUGUCGCUUGGAGGUUGCGCAUAUGCCAGGCUUGCUGGGAGGUUGUGCAGGCGCGUCCGGAUGUAUGCGUGAGUGGCCUGCUGGGCAAAUGCAUGUGUGUGGCUGCGGGAUGUUGAAACGUACUCAUGCGAGAGCGGACGUCUCUUGCUCAUCCCUGCUUUUCGGCAGAACAUGUUCCCCUAUAUCCAGGAGAUCUAUACCGCAUUAGACCCUUUAUGCAUACGCUUGCGCCAUGCCAUAGAAUCGCUCUUGAGGGUGCAAAUGGCUUACAAGGUGAGCACCUUGUGCGCUCGCUCUUGCAUCUUGCGCUCAAUCAAGGCUUUGCCAGCUAACGAGCAAAGACGCUCGUGUCCUGCACCACGCCGCCCCGCACGCUACACCAAUCAGCCCACUUUGACUCUUCUACUCUCCCAGCAACUCCUCUCCUCCCACUCAUCAAAGACGACGACGACGACGACGACGACGACGACGGCGACGACUUUCUCACUAGACAAUCUCCUGCGCGCCCGUCUCGCAUCCUUACGUCUCCUCUUGGCCGAUCAACCGACGCCUCACCUUUCCCACUCGCACUCCAAGUCAAAGUACGCACAUGCGCUGAGGCUGUUCGCAAAGACUGUGCUGCAGGUGCUGCAUGCCUUUAUCCUUGUCGUACAGACGGGAGAAGCAAACAAGACGCGCUUUGAAAAGCUGCUGGAGCGUCUUUGGACGCCUGCUGUAGAGACGGCAGGGCACAAUUCGAACGGCACAUUAUCGGCAUCAAACGUCGCGCGCGCAAGAAGAAAGAGCUCGUCGAUCACUGCAGGUGCGGGUGCGGGUGCAGGUGGAGCGAACAAGAAACUGCGCCAAGAGAUCGACACCAGCACACGUUUUCCUCCUACCGCCUACGAUGCCAUUCAUGCGGAAUUGGAUCAGCAGCGAUCAGGGACACACGGCAUGGCUUGGGACUUACCAAACGAUGUGCUGCGAUGUUUACCGCGCACAGCGAGACCUUGCAAUGAGGGACCUAGAGAGAGCAGAAGCGCGCUGAGGGAGUGGGUGGAGCAGGUCAAGAGACUUUUCAAGGAGACGAGGUGGGAGGGCACGGGUACGAAUGUGGAGCCAAGGACGCUGGUGCAGCUCUUGCACGCUGAAGAUGAGCUGCAAAAGAGCUGGAAGGAGUGCUUGAGGGAGGUGCGUAGCGUGCGCAAGGGUCGAAAUGGACAGGCGGACGAUGAAGAAGCUUUGAAUUGGGCGCUGGAAAUCUGCGAGGAAGCGCACGAGGAUCUGUUGGAGAAGAUGAGGGAGAAGAGGAGAGAUCUGCACAAGGCCUCUGUUGAGCGUCUGGGAAGAAAGGUGCAGGAAUUCGUAGUGGAUCUGCAAAAGGAGGAAUUGGUACAUGAUGCGAGACGCUUGCUGUUCGACUCUUCGACUCGCAUCACUGGCACGAGCACGGAUUUGGUGGAAGAGUUGAUCGAGGCUGAACCGGCCCUGCGAGAGUGUUGGAGCGAGCUUGUAGCGCUAGCACACAAGGUCGCGUGGGAGCUGCAGACGUACCUACGAAGAAAGGCUCGAAGACGGGACUGCGAUGCGCGGCGCGUUGCUUCGCACAAGGAGCGAGAUGAAAGCGAGGAGAAGAGUCUGCAUCAGCGGACGUCACGCUCGCAAUCGCACUUGCGCUCCGACGAGGACAUGUUAGAUGCGCAAGUUGGACAAGAGGAAGUGCAACGAUGCGCAGAGAUGCUUCGAUCGUUGCUGCGCGAGCAGACAAUGAGGAGCGCGGAGAUUGCGAUUGGAAGAGUGGCUGCAUGCCUGUCGCGCCACGAGGCGAUCAGGCGCGCGCUAUAUCCCUCGACGAGCGAGCGCGAUGAUGUAGGGGUGAUGCGACCUCUGAAAGCGGUCAGAGAAGAAUCUCUAAAGGCUUGGGAAGCGCAAGUGUAUGGAGACGUUCUGCUUCUCUCCACGCUCGCCCCGGGAGACGUUGCGCCGGAGGAGCAGGAAACGCUCUCCACAACGCUUCGAAGAAAAUGUCUGCUGCUCGUGGCGGAGAGAGCGCACGCGAUGCAUCUGGACUUGGCGGACCGGGAAGAGAGCGCUAGCGUGCAGCGCAUACUGCAACGUCUAGUCGAUGCUGGUCGGAUCACGCAGGACACUGUGGAUGAGUUUGGUCGCUCAAAGGAGACGAACGAUGCGUCGGCCGAAUGGAUGGAAGAAGCCGGCUUGGAUCUCUUUCCUUUGUUGCGACACGAUUCGACGACAAAGACGACAAAAUCGCUCGACCUUGCCCGCGCUGGCAAUGCCAAGAUGGACGUCAAGAAAGUGCACAACGCUACUACUGCGAAGCAUAUCCAACCCUUGUUGGACCUGGCAGAGACGAGCGAUUUCGCUCAGCUACCGCCUGUCAGGCUUCAAGGUCUCGCUUAA